AUGGCGGCAUAUCCACGCAUGGACCCGUACAAAAGGUCCAGAUAUGAGCAGGGUAUAGAUGCCAAGAUCGUGGUCAUGGGUAACACAGGCGUUGGCAAGACGAGCUUACUGCAGCGCUACACCCAAAAUAAGUUUGAUCCCAGGAACACGACCUCGACGACCGGCGCAUUUUUUGUUACGAAGAAGGUUUAUGUCGAUGGUAUGAAGGUCAGGUUACAACUAUGGGAUACAGCAGGUCAGGAGAGGUUUCGGAGUAUGGCACCUAUGUAUUAUCGAGGCGCGAAUGCGGCGCUUUUAUUGUAUGAUAUCACGAGCGCCGUUUCCUUCGAAGACGUGCGCGGAUGGCUAGAGGAACUGAAGAAAAACUGUUCAACCGAUCUCAUCAUUUACAUCGUCGGCUCCAAAGCGGACCUCCAACAUUACAAACAAGUCUCCUCUGACCUCGCCCGUCUUUCUCUUCACCGUUGGUUCCCUCCACCGCGACCGCCAACGCCGCCGCCACCACCUCAACCAUCAACUUUCUCGUAUAUUCGCCCGCGCUUUACCUCCUUUACUUCGAUCCCUCGCUCUACAGGCGCACUUGCUCUCAAUCGGGCAAAGUCGACUAAUGGGGCUUUGCAAACCUCACGCUUUGGCUCUCAUAAUGGCAGCCGGGCUUGGGCGGACGCCGGAGACCAAGACACCAAUAGCUUGAUUGAGGAUUAUUACGAAGACGAGGAUGAUGAUCGUGAAUGGGGUUUGGAACCAGGUAUGGAGUUGUUCGAGGUUUCUGCCAAGGAUGACCUAGGUAUCCAACAGCUGUUUGAUUCCUUGAUCGGCGCUAUCAUCCAGAAAAAGGAUAGCAUAGAGCAGGAGAAUGAGAUGAAGCGUAGGGACAGUGUAUUUCUGACACCGGCAGUCAAUCCGCCCACUUGGACUACGCAAGCCGAAGAAGAGGAGGCUCGGGAGAAAGCCGCUUCGCGUUCAGGAGCCUGGAGCUGCUGUCAGACAUAG